AUGGCGUUGCCCUACUUGACUGUGGUGUUGACCAUUGUCCUUUUUAAUUUGGGUAGGCUACCAUUAUAUUUGCAUCGUACGAGUUAUUCCUUGCUGUCAUUUACAGUAGAUGUGCUAACUCAUGAAAUGUCAACCACAACUUCGAAAUGCGUUCUCGUUUCGAAAAGAUAAAUUAAGUAGUGCUGUAAAACUAAUCAUGAUGCAGCAUAAAUCUAUAAGGAUCCAGUUACCUCAGGGUGCCGGCUUUCGAAAAAACUUAUUUUCGGCUGUAUGCAAGAUCUAUACUCUGCAGAAAAAUGACUUCUUAUGUAGUAUGCAAUUUUCUCAUUGAUUUUCUAUGCCCUUGAAAAUUCAAUUAUAUUUCAUGGAAAACAUGCAUAAAAAUAUUCCUUCUUUUACUUAUUCGGUAGAAAAUAACGUCUUCUUCCAAUUUCAUACGCAAAAGAAGAGUAUAAUUCAGUUUUGACAAAGUUUCUAACUGUGAGAUUUUUUAAUACCGUUAAAUGGCCGUUCAUGAAACGUCAUGUAUCUGCAUUUACGAAUGUGGCUUGUAAAUUUAACAACAUUGCUCAAAUUCACUGCUUAAUUUUAUGAACCUCAUAUGGUCUUCUCUUAACACCGUAGAGGAAUGCAUGGUUUUCCGUACACGGAAAAUAUACAGCUUGUAGUUUUGAAACCCUGAAUGCAAGUGUAACGGCAGGUUGGGUUCAAAGUUCUUCGGGAAUUAGAAAAGUUUUUUAAAACUGAAUUAUACUAUUCUUUUGUGUAUGAACUUGGAAGAAGACGUUAUUUUGUACCGAAUGAGUAAAAGAAUGAAUAUUUUUAUGCAUGUUUUUUAUGAAAUAUAAUUGAAUUUUCAAGGGCAUGGAAAAUCAAUUAGACAAUUGCAUGCUCCUUAAGUAGUCAUUUUUGCAGAGUGUAGAUUUGCAUACAGCCGAAAAUAAGUUUUUUUGAAAGCCGACACCCUGAGGUAACUGGAUCAUUAUAGAUUUAUGCUGCAUAAUGAUUUGUUUUACAACACUACUUAAUUUAUCUUUUCCAAACGACAACGCAUUUUGAAAUUGUUUUUGACAUUUCAUGAGUUAGCACAUCUACUGUACAUCUUGCGUGCCUUAAUCCAUGCUAUGUUUUUGCAAUGCAACGCGAUUUUGACAGGAAAAUUGCCACCAAAAGAUUAAUGGUUUUCUGAAGUGAACUUUUAAUAGCUUAAAGUCCAAUCUGUCGUUUUGUCGCCGCUUAUUAAAUUUCGCAUAUUUCAAUGAGUUAGAUUUCCCAAAAUUAUUCCCAAGAGCAUGAUUACGCAUUUUCCUCAAACAGUUACAUUGUCUCCCCUCAAUUAGUGUUUUAUUUGUUUUAUAUUAUUUAUUUAUUGAAUAACUAUAAUGCAAGAUGCCGACAUUUGCUCAGAUUCGGACUUCGAGUCGGCGAUAGGUUUGAUCAUUCAUCUACAGAUUUAACAAUUCAAGAAGGUUGUACAUACGUAAUCUGACGUAAAGUUAAAACAAAUAGUCAAAGUGAAAAACUAGAAUUAUUUAUUUAAAACAACCACUGAUAAUCCUCAGAAAAGUGCAAAUUGUAAUGCCUUAUUUUGCUAAACUGCCAGGUUUAUAACUUUAAAAACGAUAACGAAAUACACAAGCAAUAUUAACGGUUUUAAAUUAAGAAAACACAUUAUAACUGAAUGCUUAGAUAGGUCAGUGGUCCAAACAUAUAUCUGCCUUGAAGAAAUGCCACGUUCCUACCAAGAAACCCCUUUUUUAGAUGCUCUGUAGAAAUAAGAUGGACAGUUAUAUGGGAUGGCACGUUGCUUGUAUAAUUAGCCUGAGAUAUGUUUCAUGUUACAUAAUUCUUUCGCAGUCUUAUUAUUUGCAUCGACAAAUACAGCCAUUCACAUAGGCACAUUUCUUUAUUUAGUCUAAGAAUAACCAUGAUAUAUACGCUAACAGAAAUGUCACACAAAGUAUGUACCCUCAUUCCUAUGACUUCUACAUAAGUAGCCAGAUGCAGCUACCCCAGCUUAUAAACCUAUUGCAUAAUUCGUUAAUGUUGCGUGAAAUGUAGGUGUUGUUAUUAAUAAUACAUUCAGGAUCAUCUCUGAAUCCCUAAUUACUCUUCUCUCAACAUUGUAAAGGUUCUUCGCGGCAGCAGCCACACACCAGCGUCUGCGAAAAAAAGUACUCGGGUUGUGUGGGCUUCCUCAAUAAGCAGGACAACUUUUCAUCCUAUCGUCAAUGCUUAAAGGCCUGCGAUUUCAAAAACGGUUGGCUUGUUUCCUGGAAACAUUUUUAGACCUCUUAUUAUUUGGCAAAAGCUAAGCAGUGUUUUCCGUUGUUUAGUGCCUACGGCGAAGUCGCGUAGAGCGUACUCCUGCAUCGAUUACUCUAAACCAUGUUCCCCGUUGAAAUUUUAUCAAAUCCACUCAUCUACUGACGCCUUCUUCGAAUGGACCAAAUGCCUGGAAGUAUGUCACGCACUCACCAACGGUAAGGUUAAUUCGCAUUCUCAACCAGCGUCAAAAUUCAGUAUAAUUGUGCAUCUAUGCCAUAACCUACUUCACCAUUAGCAGUGAGAAAUGUUUAACUUCAUCAAUGAUAACACUUAUCGAAAAUAACGUGGAAAGGUUUAUUUGCAAGAAAACCCUAUGUUACCCCUAAAUGCACAGCCAUGGCUCCUGUAGUCGCUGCAGUAUUAAUUCAGAGACUCUUGAGCUGCUCUAUGACUAUGCUAUUACUAAUUUUUUAACCUUUCCGUCCUAGACGAUGGGAAAGUAACGCCUUCGGGGGAGAUCUGCAUGCAACCGAAGAAAAAUUGCCUCCGUUUUGCAAACAGUGAAGGGACCGUUGACAAAUUCAUGAAAUGUUAUGUAGACUGCCAAGUAACUAGAAAAGGUAAAGUAUUCGUUAAGCUAUUAGCUGAAUGAAUAUUGCUACUGCAUGUUUAAUGAUAAAACAUUUUGUUUCAUUCAGAAACUGAGACAUAUGUGAAGGACAUGUACGUGUGCAGUCCCAACCAACAAGAAUGCAUUAAUUCCAUAUUCUUUACCCUACCGGGAGAAAAGGAACCUAAACAGGUACUAACGAAGUGCUACCAGAACUGCGGAAUUGGUGAAGGUACGGUUGAAACAAAGUUUAUCCAUUUUUAUAAUGAUUUGUAUUUUCGUAAUCUUGCUUUAUUGUACAUCCCAUAAUUAAAUAUUGUUCUAGCAGCUUUUGAAUAUUCACAAGACCCGAGGCGCGUUUAGUACCCUAGAAACAUGACAUCAAUUAGAAAUUCCUUGCAUAAUAUGAUCUAGAGAUGACAGGGUUUAAUCAUCGAAUAUUGCAGAGAACAGGGAAAAGGAGCUAAACUCCUAAACUGCCAAAGAAUUUACUAUUAAUGGAAAUACCAUCAAAGAAAGUGGACUAACUUUAGGCCAAAACAAAUAUAGCACAUGUACAAAGUGAUAAACUGAAUAGAGCAAACCCGAAAAAAUCUCGGACAAAUGGUUAUUUAGAAGAUAUAUAUUAUUUUGUCUGCAGGUAAGGAAGAAUAAAUGGCAAGGACAAAAGGAAAAUAACGUCAAAACGCAGGGGGGCAUAUGAAUGACUUUCGCAGAAAAUCACUGGUAUAUAAAAAGAAAAAGAAGAACAACUGCAUACGAAGGACGAAUAUGCAUAAAUGAGAGGGUAUUCUAAAUGUGCCCUAGUAUAGAUUGCACAACUUAUUAAUUACGACCGAAUAUAGCGAUCAAACUAAAAAAAAAUCAUGAUGCAGAGCGAAAUAAAUGCGUAGUAGGUAAAUUAGCGGAAUUAGUGCUUCUAGGAUUAGAAGCCCGAAGGCUUGACUUCCUAACGGAUGCAGUGCCUACAAGUGCUCUCGCGUCCAAAGGCAAUACAUGCAUACAUAUAUAGCGUUUGCCAUCGAAUAGGCUGAUGACUGCAGUCUGCAUGAGGAUGUCUGUGCCAGGCCAAUGCAAACUUAUCUCCCAGCAGGCCGCCUGAUGCCGCGGCGUCUGAUGGGGCGGCGGCGGCCACAGCGGCCGAUAGACUUGAUUUCACGUGCCAUAUUUCAUUCAGGAAUUCCUUGCCUUUGUUCACUCAAACCUCAUCAGCUCUUCCAUUUGCAACCACUCCUACAGCACCAGCUCCCGAGCCAGAAACAGGCGGCUUCAAAUGCGAUGAAGAUUCCCAGACCUGUGUAUCCUGCACUGACGAGGAUGGCGAAUGCUCGGACUUAUCCACUUGCCAGGAGUCCUGCGGCAAAGAAGGUAACUUCUCCUCUUCCGCCGUUCCCUCCUCCCGACUUAGUGCUAACUAAGACCACGUGCACCGGCAGAAUCAAUAGGCCACAAUUACUCCCUGCAGUUAGCCGUAGAUCAAGGCUGAAAUAUGAUUGUGGCUGCAGGCAUGAUUUUACGAAUGCCUGUACAUUGUGUGACCUGCAAUGGUUUUAGUUUCUUCAAGUUUAGGUCACCAUCUAGACAUAUCUUCCCGCCAUGAAUAUUUGGCAUAAUGAACUGAAAGGGCCAUUUCACAAAGGCCGCACUGUCUCGCCUCGUAUGUGUGUGCGAUCUUGUCAAAACGAAGCCUCAUUCCUUGGCAGGAAUAGGUGGUGAAUGCAAUUCAUGCAAUAGCAGGAAUAAUAGGUAGGCUACUGCAUCAUGGGGGACAGGUGGCCUUUGUGCAAUGGGAUAGGCUAAGCUGCAGUGCAGCGGCGUAAGAUGAAAUGACCCCGUUGGCAUAGUACAUCAAGGUGGUUUCUCCUGCGAUUUACAUAGAAGUCUAUUGCAUCCUGCGAGCGAAGUCAAUACAUCGGCUGAUUGAAUGACCCUUAGGUGCCAUAGAACUGAAGUAUUCAUUGCAGCCAUGAUGCUAUAGCACUGCUGACAUGCGUAGCACGAUAGUGUUUGUACAUGGCAAGACAUAUCCCCUCGGGGCACAAAACGGACUAGAAGGCAAGUGGUUCAUUGCUUAUUGAGGAGGCGGCUGAUGUGUCAGGAUAAGACCGCAGAUUACUACCCAUGCAUACUCUAAUGUGGGUAUGAAGUCCGCAAAUGUCCUUCGGUUUUUGCACAAACACUGUAUGUAAUCGGCAUGACAUGCUGGCAGAGCUUGGAGCAUCUUCUCAUGCCGAGACGUGCGCUGUGUCUGUGCAUGCCUUAGUGCCUCCAGCAGGCAAGAGGGAAGUACUGCUUGUGCAGAGAUACACAUAGUUAAGCAGACAUCAGCAGAGGACAUGCAAACAAUUAGAUUUCAUACUUUCAUUUUCUAAUCAUCAUCAUUAUGAACGAAGUGCAGUGAGAAGACGGAUGGGAGUUAAAUACGUGCCGGGCUAUGCUGUAAAUAGAAGGACAGAGUAGGAGAUUCGACAUUCUCGAAUGUAACCCUCAGCGAGACUGAGGUGCACGUGGUGCUAAUGAGAAUGCAGUCCGUGUUGUGGCAGCGCACAAUGAAUGUACCGCAUCUUUGCCUUUCUAGCCGAUGCGGCGCCUGCAGGGGCUGAAUUAGGCAAGUGCGCUCUCGUCGAAAAGCGUUGCAUACGUGCAUACAUAGCCAGUGUCAGCAAACACGCUGUUGACCGCAGUCUGCAUGGGGAUGUCUGUGCAGAAAUCGGCAAUGGCCAGGCCAGUGUAGGCCAGUGUUUACUGCAGGCCGUCUGAUGCCGCGGCGGCGAUGGCGGCCGAUAGACUUGAUUUCACGGGACAUACUUCAUUCAGGAAUGCUUUAACUUUGUCCACUCAACCCUCAUCAUCUCCUCCAUUUGCAACCACUCCUACAUCACCAGCUCCCGAAUCAGAAACAGGCGGCUUCAAAUGUGACGAAGACUACAAUAUCUGCGUACCCUGCACCGACGAGGAAGACGAAUGUUCGGACUUAUCCACUUGCGAAGAGACCUGCGGCAACGAAGGUAAGUUCGCACCCUCAUCCUCUAUCUCCUCCUCAUCCUCCCUACUCCCUGCUUACUAACACUACCUGCGGAGUGGGUCACAAUCGCUCCCUGCAUUUAGCCCAUGACCAAGUUUUAAUUGUUUUUUCUUCUUUUUCCCUUUUUCUAUAUUGUAUUUUUCCUCUUGAUUAUCAUCUGUUUUUGGCUCUUACGAUCAUGUUGCUAGUUUUCGUUCUUUUAUGUCUUCUCUUUUCCUUUUUGCACCUUCCCUUUUGCCUGACGUUUCUUCUUCGUCAUUCAUUUUUCAGCUUCUUUGCCCAUCAUUGCAUCUUUCUUUUUGCAUUUUCUUACUUCUCAUCUUCUUAUGCGCCCUUCCGCUCUCUUUUAUUUUAUGUUCUUUCCCUCUUUCCUCCUUUGCAUUUUUUACUACUAUGUUGUUCUUUCACUCUUAGGCCUACUCCUACUAUACCUCGUUGAUCCUGAUCUUCAUUUCAGACUCUCUGUUCUUUGUUUUAUAUUGUCGCAUCUUGUUGUCAGUAUACAACUUAUUGUGUAGCUGUGAAAUACUCUACGUCAUGUAUUACAGUUUAAGUGGUCAAAUUAAAUGUGCAUGUCUACAGUGUCAUUUAAAUGCCAGGGCGGCGCAUUUCGCUAGACGGUUUCGUCUGAAAUUUAAAUGCAUACUUAUUUAUCCAUUCAAUUCAAUUUUAUGACAUGGGCCGUUUGAAUGCGCUUUGGCCACCAUAAGGGCUAAGCAAUAUUUCAACCAAAUGACGUUGAGCUAGUGACAGCUUUUAGGCAAUCCUUUCUUCGCAUAGAAAUAAAAAGCAUCAUUUAUCGUUCGAUUAUUUUUAGGCUAUUGCCUCUUAUCCUUUACCUUUAUUAUGUCCCUCCUCUUCUGAUUAUGUCUUCUAUUUUUUGUGUUUAACUGAUUCCUCGAUUUUUUCUCAUCUGUUUCCUUUGCGAUUUGAAUUCUGUCACAUUUGUCCUUUCCCUCAUGCCAGCUCCAUUUUUGAUCCUACUAUAACGUCAGUAUCAUGCUUUAUGGUUGCUAACUGUUAAUUCUAUUCCUUGUAGCUUAAUCCGUACAUAACGACGAACAAGGAUGUCAGUGGUAUGCGGGUGCUUCUAGACAUGGUUUUGGGUUUUAUUCGUCGAAAAUUGUAUGUUUCCACGGGACGUAACUGGUGGUUGCCUAAAUAAAACAACAAGUCAAAAGUGGAGUGUUUGUACUAUUCAUAAGAUCGGAUGGGUGAAUUGCAAACAGAGUCGAAGAAACCAAUCACUCUUUGGUUUAUCUGAGACUUUGGCGCGUCGCUUUAAUUUAAAUAACUACUGAUGUUUUUGAGCUAUGGGCUCGGCUGAGAUUCAGUUGAACGGUUCACCCGAGAUGCCCCCGUAUUCGCAGGGGCUUUAAUUCAUACAUCUCAAGCGAGUUGCCACCCAAUACAAAAACAGCUUAUGUAACUCAACCCGUGAAAAUACUCUCAAAUGACUAAUUUCGAGUCGGGAUAUUACGUUUAACCUAAGAUUAUUGAGAGAGGGAGGGAACACUAAGACGACAAGCAUGCAUUUAUUGCAGAACCACUAACAGUAGGUUCGUAGCCUGUGUAAAUUUGUUGUUAAAACGAAGAGUGCGCUUAUUAAUUUUAGGAUGUCCCGUGUUAGUUACAUUGACGAACCCAAUCUUGGAAGUUCUUGAGCGGCAUUAAUAAUAAAUUCUGCACGUCAAAGUGAUUAGUGAGCCAUCAACACCAAGUGAUAUAACAGGAUCGGAACAGAUGUCGGUGUAUGAUGUCUGUUUUGUGAGAGUGUUUGACAGAUUCUAUUUUCUCUUGCUAACCAGGGCGCCGGAGACUAGAUACAAGCGAACUAAAUUCUGGGAGGAAUCAGCCGUCCAUUUGACACGCACGGGUUUAAAUAUCGAUAGUAUAAAGAUUACUGAUGAUAUAUCCGAUAAAUCACAUUGCUUUAUCGAUAAUCAGAGUGCUCUUCUCCGAAAUAUGAAGACUCUUGAGUUUUGAUAUACGGAGGACCAUAAUAACACCUAACAAUUUCAUCUUGUGACCGUCAAAAAUCAAUGAAAACCGUCGAUCGUCGCCGACUACCAUAAGUAAGCAUUUUUUUCAAAAAUUAAAAGAUGUCAUUUGUGGCACCAUUGCACAUUGCACCAUUGCACCAUUGCUUGCUAAAAUCAACCACACGACCAUCCGUAAAAAGUCUUAAGCCAAAAUACUCCUUGUAGCUUAA